AUGGAAUAUGGAGAAUCGAGUAGGGAUAAUAGAAAGAGGAGAAAAUGUUUAUUGGACGAACAAAAGAGAGACAGAGGAUUAAUUUUGAGUCCAACACUUGCUACGAACCAACAUCAUUCUGCCACUAAUACUUUAGUUCAUCAAUUGUUGUCUUUUUCCUCUUUGCCUACAACCGAACUGAAUUCGGUUCCACUGAAUUUCGGUCAUCCAUCAUGUACCUGUGAAUAUUGUGGUGCUAUUUUUUGGUUUGCAGAGCGACUGAAAUCAGCUCCAGCCAGAGCUCCUGUGUAUUCACUCUGCUGUAGACAGGGGCGUAUUAAACUUGCACAACUAAGAGAACCUCCAACACUUCUUAGGCAACUAAUGGACUAUUUAGGAGGGAGAUGUUUAAGAUUAUUUCGUAAGAAUCUUCAAACAUACAACUCCAUGUUUGCAUUGACCUCUAUCGGUGGGAAAAUCGACAAUGAUAUCAACAAGGGACAGGGACCAUAUAUUUUUAAACUUAAUGGCCAAAAUCAUCACUUGAUAGGAUCACUUCUUCCUGUCAAUGGAGUGGAAAAGGAGAUUGUGUCUCAAUUAAUACAUAUUUUUGACGAUUUCAAUCAUUUGGUUAAAGCUUUUCGUAUGGCAAGAGACAAAUUCAAAGCUGGUGAUGAACGUCAUAUUUCAUUGUUGUUGUCCGCUAGGCGACAGAUCGACAGCUCACAAUAUGAUGCUCCAGCUUAUCCAGAGAUGGCAAGUUUGGUUGUUGGGGAUAUUGGGUACACAGAUGAGGGCCGUGACAUUAUUGUUGAAUACCAAGGACAGCAAUUAAAGCGUAUUAGUGACUUGCAUCCUUCUUUCAUGGCCAUGCAAUAUCCAAUUUUAUUCCCAUAUGGCGAGGAUUGUUAUAGGCUUAACAUUCCUUACGAAGAUAAAAGUCAAGUACCUAAGUUGAAGCGCGGGAACAUUACAAGGCGUGAGUAUUAUGCAUACAUGAUAUAA